AUGGCAGUCCUGCGAUCAGUCUUGCGACGGACGGUGGCGGCUCCCAGAGCUCUGGCCGCAACAUCUCGUCCAUUCUCGGUCCGCACAAGCCUCGCCGCCCGCGUGUCCAAUGCACCACCAAUCGAUCCUCCCUCGGGCGGCGAAAUGAGCGUUGGCGAGCUCGAGGGCGCCGAGUUCAAGAUUGAGCCCCUGCGCCGCGUCGGCGAGGACGAGAGGACGAUGCGCGCGCGGUUAGUCUACCAGUCCCGUAAGCGCGGAACCCUCGAAUCCGACCUUUUGCUCUCGACCUUUGCCGACACGUACCUACCCAACAUGUCCAAGGAGCAGAUGGCGCAGUACGACCUGUUUCUCGACGAGAACGAUUGGGACAUUUACUACUGGGCAACCCAAGAGGCCCCAUCGCCCGCCACCGAGGCAACCUCUUCUUCCCAGCAGCAAUCCACCACCACUCCUCCCGCCCCAUCGUCGUCGUCGUCGUCAAAGUCAUCUUCUUCUUCUUCAUGGCAGCCCACCUCGCCCUUCCAAGCCGCAGCCGACGACCUCAAGGCGCCGCCCGGGCAGGCCGGCAAGAACGCCGCCGCCGCCGCCGCCGCCGCCUCGGAGGAGCCGUACCGCAAGCCCGGCGAGGGCGAGUGGGCGCAGACGGUGGGCACGUUCAAGCCCGCGUACCGGCCCGUGCCCAAGCGGUGGCAGGACAGCGAGGUCCUGGCCCUGCUGCGCGAGCACGUCAAGAGACGCAGCAUGGGCGGCGAGGAGGGUGGCGGUAUGGGAUUCAUGCCCAACCUGAAGAACUAG